GAAAUAUGUUUUUUUUUAAAAAAAGUGGGUAGUAUAAGAGAAAGCCAUUCUUUUUUUUUCUUGUUCAAAGUCUUAGAAGAAUCAAUGAGAGAGUUAUUCAAAAAGAAAAAAGAAUAGUAGAUGCGCAAGAAAAAGUCGUUAGAUUGGAAUUGUCUUGAGGUGAAAUACAACGAGUUGAAACAGCAAAGACAAAAACAGAAAAAAGAUUGUUUCCUUUUUUUUCCUUUAUAUACAAUUGGAAUUUAGCGAUUUUGGGGGAUUUUGAAUAUCAGGAUAUUUGACCAGAUCUUCUUAGGAUUGUUACUAUUUGAGUCACAGCAGAUCAUAUAUUGAUGUGCAAUGCAGAGAUCACGUAGGGCUCUUCUGCAAAGAAGAGCUUUGGAGAAGGCAAUUUACGGGAGGGAACGGGCUUAUAAAGUUUCUCUUUCUGCAGUUACUGUUCUAUGGACACUUGUUUUCGUUUUGAACUUGUGGAUUGGUCAUGGUGAUGUCAAUGAAGGAAAAAGCGGGAAGGAAUGGUUGGUUGCAAGUUUUCUUGGAGUAAUGUCUCCUUUCACUCAUCCCCAAGGAUACAGUCUCUCGGAUGGCUCUGGAGAUUUUCCUGUUGCUGUAAGAUUAUAUACAGAAAAUAAACCUCAAUAUAGUAGAGACACUUGUUUUGCUUUGCGCAAAACCGACAGUUUAUCACAGGAAAUCCAAUUCGAAGAUUCAGCCAAGACUUCAUGUACACAGGCAGGGAAAAGUCGAGUUACAAAUAAAGAAUCAGCGGAUGUUUUGCAAAACAACAACGCUGGUCCUGCAAUUCAAGAACAAGCUAGUGAAGGAAAUCCACUUUCAGAGAAGGAUGCUUCAAAAUCUGACAGAUUUGCUCGUGCUGUGCCUCCAGGUCUUGAUGAAUUCAAAAACAAGGCAUUUAACGCCAAAAAUCAUAACAAAAUUGGCCAUGCUGAAGGAAUUAUACAUAGGUUAGAGCCUGGAGGAUCAGAGUAUAAUUAUGCUUCUUCUUCAAAAGGAGCCAAAGUCCUGGCUUACAACAAGGAAGCAAAAGGUGCUUCAAACAUCUUGAGCAGAGAUAAGGACAAGUACCUUCGUAAUCCUUGUUCAGCUGAAGAGAAGUUUGUUGUUAUCGAACUGUCAGAAGAAACCCUUGUGGAUACAGUGGAGGUUGCAAAUUUUGAACAUCACUCGUCUAACUUAAAAGAUUUUGAGCUCCUUGGUAGUCCCAUUUAUCCUACAGACACAUGGAUUAAACUUGGAAAUUUUACCGCUGUAAAUGUAAGGCAUGCUCAGAGGUUUCUUCUUCCAGAGCCAAAAUGGGUAAGAUAUCUUAAACUGAAUCUUCUGGGCCAUUAUGGUUCAGAGUUCUAUUGUACCCUGAGCAUUUUAGAGGUGUACGGAGUUGAUGCUGUUGAAAUUAUGCUUGAGGAUCUUAUCUCUAAUCAAGAUAAGUUGUUUGUACCUGAACAAACUAGUAAUGAGGAUAAAUCUGUGCCCACUCAACAUGUUUCUAAUCACGGCGAAACUUUUAAAAAUGCCAAUGAAGAAACGGAAAAAGAUCUUCCAGCUGAUAUUAUAAAGGGAGUAAUGACAACUAAUGUGCCUGACCCAGUGGAAGAAAUUAGUCGUCAACAGGUAAAUAGGAUGCCGGGGGACAGUCUGAAGAUACUGAUGAAAAAAGUACGAUCUCUGGAUAUCAAUUUGUCAGUUUUGGAACGAUACCUGGAAGAGUUAAAUUCUAGAUAUGGAAAGAUUUUUAAAGACUUCGAUUCUGAAAUUGGAGAAAAAGAUGUUCUUCUUCAAAAUAUUAGGUCCGACAUAAGGGGUUUAUCUCACAGCAAGGAUGCCUUAGGUAAAGAAGUUGUCGACCUAGUAUCAUGGAAAUCCCUUGUUUCCACACAGCUGGAAGAGAUUAUCAGGGGAAAUGCUAUUCUCAGGAAGGAGGUUGAAAAGGUUCAAAGGAAUCAGGUACACAUGGAGAACAAAGGAAUUGUUAUUUUUCUUGUAUGUUCAUUUUUUGGAUUAUUGGCUUUUUUCAAGCUACUAGUAGAUACAAUUUUGGGUAAUUUUAGGUCAGAAAAUUCCAAGAAAUUUUGUUCAGAGAGUUACUCCUGGUAUUUUCUACUCUUGAGUUCUACCAUUACAAUUAUAAUCCUUUCCUUGUAAUUUAUGUAAUAUAUAGCAAUGACUGCAUUUACUUGUUUUGUCUUGUUGAAUUUAGAACUGAACUUCAUAGUUUAGUUCUCAAAAACUGGAGGGAGUAUUAUGCUCCCAUUCCCAUUUGGACUUAAAAUUUGGAUUUUUUUCUUCAAA